CGCGCCCCCGUCGGUCCCGACCAGGUCCGCGCCGCCAGGCGGUUGGCUAGAGCGUUGAGAGGAGGCGCGGUGCCCGGGCGACGCGCGUCCCCUCGUGGCCGUGGAGGCGGCUGUUGUGGGGUCUGAGAGGUAUUGACUGUCGUUCACUAAGGAGACUGAGGGGCGAGAUGUCCCGGUGACUUCCCUAGCAAGUGGCGACAGGAGCAACUGUGCGUGACUUUAAUUGUGUUACAUCUUUGUUUCAUAAGCAUUGAGCUCUCACUCUUUCUCAUAAAAUGGUUUCAUUGCGCAUGAAGCAAUUUUCAAUCCUCCUGUGGAAAAAUUUACUUUUGAAGGCGGACGUGGUUGGCUUAGUGGUGGAGAUCCUCUUGAUAUUUCUAUUGUUUUCAUGGACUCUGACUAUGCGCAAAAUUACAAAGAAGACAUUUGUUCAAGCUGUGAUUUUUAAUCCUAUUCCCCUGACAUUACCCGAGUUUGUUAAUAAAAAGUUUGAAUAUGAAUUGGCUUUUGUGCCUUCUGGGAGUGAUGCAGCAAGAAAUAUUACUGAGAUGGUGAAAAAGGAUUUAAAUUUCAACUUUAAAGUUCGAGGCUUUUCUUCAGAAGAAUCUUUUGAGAAAUACAUUAAGUAUGAAAACAAGUCUUCGUAUGUGCUGGCUGCUAUUGUGUUUGAGCACAUGUUCAAAACCAACAAUGAACGGUUGCCACUUCAGGAAUACCAGCUCAUGGUGGGACUCAGUAAUGCUAUGCUCUGGGUUUCAUAUUUCGUCACCUUCUUAUUGAUGUAUUUCGUUAUCAUCUGUUUGCUGUGUGGGAUUUUAUUUCUCAAGAUUACACAUGAGAGAGUCUUUGAACACAGUGACCCGCUAUUCAUCGCCUUCUAUUUCCUGUGUUUUGCCACUUCCUCAGUGUUACUUGGCUUCAUGAUUAGCACAUUCUUUGAUAAAGCUUCUCUGGCCACUUCUAUUGCGUGCUUCCUCCACUUUCUCACAUUCUUUCCUUACUUAAUCAUAUUUCCAAUAUAUGAACAAACAAGUCUCGGCGGGAAGCUGGCUCUCAGUCUCAUCACAAACACAGCGCUAGCUUUUGGGACUGACAUAAUAUGCAAGAUGGAAAUGAAAGGUGAUGGCGCUCAGUGGUACAACUUUGCUACGAAAAUAAAAGCCAAUGAUGACUUAACUUUGGCUCAUAUAAUAGGAAUGUUUUUACUUAGUGCUUUUCUGUAUGGCCUUGUGGCCUGGUACGUAGAUGCCGUCUUUCCAGGGAAGUAUGGUGUGCCCAAGCCGUGGAACUUUUUCCUGCAGAAAACCUACUGGUUUGGAGAGCAAGCCUCAGACAACGAAGAGAGCCAAAUCACUGACUUACCCACAAAUGAUUUUGUUGAGCCUGAACCCAUUGGCUUAGAGGCUGGAAUCCGGAUUCAACAUUUGUACAAGGAAUUCACCUUAAAAAAUAGUACCCUGAUGGCAGUAAAAGACUUGUCUUUGAACUUGUAUGAGGGACAGAUAACAGUUCUUCUAGGACAUAAUGGGGCAGGAAAGACCACCACCUUGUCCAUUCUCACAGGUUUGUAUCUUCCUACCAGAGGAAAAGUCUAUAUUAGUGGAUAUGACAUCUCAUCUGACAUGGUUCAAGUUAGGAAAAGCUUGGGCUUGUGUCCCCAGGAUGACCUGUUGUUCCCGAUGCUGACAGUGUCAGAACACCUUCAUUUCUACUAUGUGAUAAAAGGAAUAUCUCCAAGUAAACGAUACAGAGAAAUUCACAGGAUGCUCACUUCUUUUGGCCUGCUACAGAAAAGGGAUGCAAUGUCAAAGGAUCUGAGCGGAGGGAUGAAACGCAAACUCUCAAUCAUUAUAGCUCUUAUAGGGGACGCUAAGGUGGUAAUACUUGAUGAGCCAACAUCUGGCAUGGAUCCAGUCUCCAGGAGGACCACCUGGGACCUCCUUCAGCAAUAUAAAGAGAACCGAACCAUCCUGCUGACCACACAUCACAUGGAUGAAGCUGAUGUGCUAGGGGACCGCAUUGCCAUCCUGGUCAUGGGGUCCCUGAAGUGCUGUGGCUCUUCGCUUUUCCUGAAGAAAUUAUAUGGUGUGGGAUAUCACCUAGUCAUGGUGAAGACUCCUGAAUGUGAUGUUGGAAAAAUCUCCAAGCUGAUUAGGGAUUACAUACCAACUGCUGAGAUGAAGACAGAUGUCGCAGCUGAAUUGUCGUUUGUCUUGCCAAAGGAGUACACACACAGGUUUGCAGAACUUUUCAGAGUCCUAGAAGAAAGAGAAGAAGAGCUGGGCAUCACUGGCUUUGGUGUCUCCAUGACUACCAUGGAUGAGGUUUUCUUCAAGGUCAGUAAUCUUGCAGACAUGAAGUUGAAUACUAAGAUUGUCCAACCAGCUUCCACAGUGGACCAAAGCAUAAGUGAAGCCAACCAGAAUAUGAAUGUGCCCAGACAUUUUGAUAGAUCCGAUUAUCCAAGAGGACACUCUAAUUCUUCCUUCAGUACUGGGUGGGUUCUUUACACCCAGCAGUUCCGAGCCAUGUUCAUCAAAAGGGCAAUGUUCUCUUGGCGCAACUGGAAACUGCUGUUGCUGCAGUUGCUGGCACUUCUGGGUCUCAUGUAUCUUCUGAUGAAAGGCAUAAGCUUCUCAACACCUAAAAACCCUGCCAGGGUAAUGGACUUGGAGCAGUAUGGUGAGACCAUUGUGCCUUUCUCGGUUUCUGGAGAUCCUGUUUUGACCCAGAAGCUCACCAAAAAUCUUGAGAUCAUGUUAAAGGCUAAAAACCAAAAACUUCAUGAAGUGCAAGGUGACGUGCAGACCUACUUGCUGAAAAAUAAAGACUGCAUUUACUCAUGUAUCAUUGCAUUUUCCCUUGAUGUGACUAGAGACCAGAAGAAAUUCACCUUCUGGUUCAACAAUGAGGCAUUCCAUUCACCAUCCUUGUCCUUGUCAGUUUUAGACAAUAUUAUUUUUAUGUCUCUCUCCGGCCCCAAUGCCACCAUUACUGUCUCCAACAAGCCCCAGCCUCAACGUGAGAAAAAGUCUGAGAAAAGAGGCAGCUCAGGAAUCCAGAUAGUCUUUAACUUGCUCUUUGGGAUGAGUAUUUUCACCAGUGGCUUUUGCCUUAUGACUGUGACUGAGAGAGUUAGUAAAGCAAAGCAUAUUCAGUAUGUGAGUGGGGUCUACACCUUUAAUUUUUGGCUUUCUGCUCUGCUGUGGGACCUCAUCAUCCACUUUGUUGCCUGUGUCCUACUGCUGCUGGUGUUCCUAAUCACUGAUGUAGAUAUAUUGUUGGAGAAGUAUCACUUCCUGGACACGAUGUUCAUCCUCAUGAUGUUUGGAUGGUCUGUCAUCCCUUUCAUCUACCUGCUAAGCUUCUGGUACAACAAUAGCACCAGUGCCUAUAUCAAGAUCUUCAUCCUCAACCACUGUUUAGGGUUUAUGAGUAUAAUUAUAUACGAUGUGGUAGAGAUAAUACCAGAUAUUACGACCCGUACUAAGACACUCAUAGUUGACUCGCUGCUGCUGUUACCCAUUUAUAACCUUGGGAUGAGCAUCUUCAAAUACCAUCACAUCCAAAAUAUGAAGAAAUGGUGUUCUUCACAAAAUGUUACUGACACUGAUUUGUGCUUAAACAAAAUAAUGAAAAUUUCCAUCUACAGUAUGGACAAAAAUGCAAUUGGAAGGCACAUAACUGCCUUGGCUGCCACAGGAGUGCUAUACCUCCUCCUCAUUUUCCUUCUGGAGUUUAGCGUAUGGAAUUUAAAAACAUUCAUAUAUCGCUAUGUUUUUUUUGGAAUCUAUAAGAUAUUUAGUAAGGCUAGAGUGUCCAAGGAGUUAUCCGGGGAAUCUGAAGAUGAAGAUGUACAAAAUGAAAGGAAGACUAUCCUGAAGUAUCCUCAGAAGGCACUGAAAUCUACUGUGCUCAUAAAAGAGCUCAUAAAGAUAUAUUUUAAAAUACCACCCACUCUGGCUGUGAGAAAUAUCUCUGUCACCAUUCACAAGGAGGAGUGUUUUGGAUUGCUUGGACUAAAUGGAGCUGGAAAAACUACUACCUUUGAAAUUCUGACUGGAGAAGAGAUUGCUACGUCUGGGGAUGUGUUCAUUGAAGGCUACAGCAUCACCAAAAAUAUCCGAAAGGUUAGGUCAAAAAUUGGCUAUUGUCCACAAUUUGAUGCCUUGCUGGAUUUCAUGACCUCUCGGGAGAUAUUGACCAUGUAUGCCAGGGUGUGGGGGGUUCCAGAGAAGAAUGUUAGACCCUAUGUGGACAACUUGUUGGAAAUGCUGUACCUGCAACCACAAGCUGAGAAGUUUAUUUACACUUUGAGUGGAGGAAACAAACGUAGGCUGAGCGCCGCUAUUGCCGUAACGGGAAGGUCAUCAGUCGUCUUCCUGGAUGAGCCGUCCACUGGCAUGGACCCGUUAGCCCGGCGCAUGCUCUGGAACACAGUGAUAAGGACCCGAGAGAGUGGCAAGGUCAUCAUCAUAACCUCUCACAGUAUGGAGGAGUGUGAAGCUCUCUGUACCAGGCUGGCCAUCAUGGUGCAGGGAAAGUUCAUGUGCCUGGGUAGCCCUCAGCAUCUCAAGAACAAAUUUGGCAAUGUUUACACCAUGACUAUCAAGUUCAAAACUGGCACUGGUGACAAAGUGAUAACGGAUUUUAAUAAAUUUGUUACCAACGUUUUCCCAGGUAGUAACUUGAAGCAAGAGAAUCAAGGGAUCCUUAAUUACCACAUUCCCAGCAAGGACAACAGCUGGGGAAAGGUGUUUGGCAUUCUGGAGAAAGCUAAAGAGCAAUACAAUUUAGAAGACUAUUCCAUCAGUCAGAUCACCCUGGAACAAGUUUUCCUGACCUUUGCCAACCCAGAUAACAUAGAAAGUGAUUCUGCAAAAGCAAAAUCGGUGCCUUGAGAUUCAGUUCCAGCCAGUAAUUAUGAUGUCUUUAUUCACCUGUA